UCAAACAGCUGCAGUUAAUGCAGAUGUUACUAUGGAAACUAAUGCAAAAUAGAACUGUGCCAUAUGUUUUUAUUGUAUCUGUUUUUCAAUUAUCAAACCAUGUAGUAAUUGGAAGUCAGUUACAUUAGAAGCUGUUGUUGAACAUGGAAAUAUAUUUUACAAAGAAAACCUUGACAUCAGUAACCAGCCCACAAUUAAUGAGUUACCAAGUAGGCUUAAGAUCUAUGACGCUGAUGUAGAUGUGGAAUAUAGUUCAAAACACCAAGGAAUCCUUUCAUGUGGUUCUUUGUCCACCAAACUAGUCCUUCAGAGGUUAAUUUUAGAAAACAAAAACAUGAAUACUGGAUUUCUUCUAUGGAUCUCUGGUUACUGUGUAUGUUGUGUUUUUUGCCAUUCUGGCCGUGGUACCACUAAAACAAAGAAGACAAAAUAUUUUGUAAUGGAAUUCCAUGAAAAUCAAGGACUUCAAUUAUUUGAAGACAAUGAUGUAGAUUCCCUUAUUCAAACAUUGGGCAAUAUUAUAACAAACAAAUUCAACUGUCACGAAGUAGAGUACUGUAUUCAAUUUUUAUUGUGUACAUCCCAAUUAACUAAUACUGGAAGGCAAAGAAUUAGGAAAAAGCAUAUGUCAACUUCACAGAAAGUAUUAGCUGCAAACAAACGCAAACAGAACUAUGCUCAAAUUGAACCUGCUAAGAAAAAAGUCCGCACAGAACAAAAAGCUUUAUAUUACAAAAAUGUAUUUUGUCAUAAGAGGAAAGAAAACAAAACAUCAGAUCCAAAUAACCAAACAAAACCUCACAAUAAAAGAUCCAAAAAAGUUCCAAAAGAUCCGAAUAAAACCUCACAAUAUGACUUGAGUCAUUUUAUUUCAAUUUUCCAUAAGAAGAUUAUGGAAGGUCCAUACUACACAUGUUCUGUGUGCAAUAGACUACUUUAUAGAAAAUCAGUUAUUCAACUUAAGGAAGCUAAAUAUAAUACUCGCUUUCUUUUCACAAAUAAGAAAUCAUUUGAUAACAAUGAAUACAUUUGUAAAACAUGUGACUUGAAGGUUUCAAAAGGAAAAGUUCCGUGUCAAGCUGUGUACAAUAAACUACUUGUUGAUGAAAUCCCUACAGAACUUGAAUCUCUAGAAAAGCUUGAACAGAUCCUUGUAGCACAGCGCAUUGUAUUCGAGAAAAUAGUAGUAAUGCCCAAAGGCCAACAACGAAAAAUUAAAGGGGCUAUUUGUAAUGUGCCUGUUGAUUGUGACAAGACAUGCAACAUUUUACCACGUCCUCCUGAAAGAUCAGGCAUAAUUAUGUUGAAACUUAAAAGAAAACUGCAGUUCAGAGGUCAUGUCUACUUUCAAGCAGUACGACCUGAGUUUAUUGUCAAUGCCCUUACGUGGCUCAGGAUGAAUAAUCCAUUGUACAGUAACACAGUAACUUGUAUUGAAAAUAUUGACCCAAGUCUAACAGGAUUCCAAGACUGUGAAAUAAGUUCAGGUACAUGUACUGACCAUGAAGUGCAUUCUUCAAAUCAUAACUCUUGUGAACAAGACACUGACCAUGAAGUACACUCUUCAAAUCAUAACUAUUGUGAACAAGAUACAAUACAACCUGCAGAUGACAAUGAAGAAGAAAAAGAUGACCCCUUGAAUGAAUUUAGAGCACCAAUUAAUGAAACAUGCCUACAGUCUGUUAUACCAGAUUAUCCUGUAACUGUAGAGCUAGAUGGUAAUAAUUCAUCAGGAAAUGAAGUCUACAAUAUUGCACCUGGUGAAAAUAAACAUCCUGUAUCCUUGAUGACAGACAAACAAUGUGAAGAGCUAGCAUUUCCAGUAUUGUUUCCUAAAGGAAGAUUUGGCUAUCAAGUAGAAAGAGAGGUUAAAUUGUCACCAGUAAAGUACUUUAAUGCAAGACUUUUACAUUAUAGUGGCAGAUUUGCAACAAAUCCAGAAUAUCUAUUCUUUGCACAGUUCAUAAUAGAACAGAAGAAAAUUUCAGAUAGUAUAAAUAUUGCUUUAACAAAAGUUCAUGGACAGUCUCUUACAGCAUCCCAUUUAAGAUCAAAUGCACAAAGUUUGCAAAAUCUUAUUUGUCAAGAUCAGGCUUAUUUAUUUUUAAGACAAAUUCCAGGCACACCACCCUACUGGCAAAAAUUCAUGUAUGAAGUAGUAGCCAUGGUAAAGCAGCUUGGUAUUCCAACAUGGUUUAUGACAUUAUCUUGUGCAGACCUUCGAUGGCCUGAGCUUUUUCAGAUUAUUGCUAGAACAAAGGGCAUGAAUUUAACCAAUGAACAAGUUGAAGCCUUGUCUUAUAAUGAUAGAUGUUCUAUGCUUAAUCUUAAUCCUGUUGUUGUUGCUAAGCAUUUCCAGUAUAAGGUAGAAACAUUUUUCACAGAGGUUCUUCUCACCACUGCAAACCCAAUUGGUAAAAUAGUUCAUUAUGCUCUUCGUAUUGAAUUUCAAAUGAGAGGUUCUCCUCACUUACAUGCAUUGAUGUGGACCUCAGAUUGUCCAAAACUGACACAUGAAAACAAACAAGCGUACAUAGAAUUUAUUGAUAACCAUGUCCAGGCAUGCAUUCCAAACAGAGAAACAGACCCUCAAUUACAUGAAUUGGUCCAAACAUACCAAAACCACAACCACUCUAAAACAUGUCGAAAAUACAAAAAUGUUCCUUGCAGAUUUAAUUUUGGUCAGCUUUUUACAAAGAGAACAAUAGUAGCAGAACCCCUUUCUGACAAUAUACCUGAAGAGGUCAAAAGUAACACUCUUACCAGACGAAAGGAAAUUCUUCAUUUAGUCAAAGAAAAAAUAGAUAACGCUCUAAACCCCAAUAAACCAGAUUAUGACUCAAAAUUAACCGAAGCAGACAUUUUUAGUUCUUUAGGUAUUUCUGAGGAGCAGUAUUACUGGGCUUUGUCAAUAUCACCUGAUUCUCAUUAUGAACUGCAUCUCAAGCAGCCAGUAAACAGCUGUUUUAUUAACAACUACUUUGUUGCUGGUAUUAAGGGAUUUGCAGCAAAUGUUGACCUACAGCCUGUUUUUGAUCACUACAAGUGUGUAACAUAUGUCUGCUCAUACUUCACAAAGGAUGAAACUGAAUGUUCCCAAGCAAUCAUGAAUGCAGCAAAAGAGGCCAAAACUGCUAAUUUAAAUGUUAAAGAUGGCUUGAGAAAAAUAGGUGCUGCUUUCCUCUCUUCUAGAGAAGUGAGUUCACAAGAAUGUGUAUACAGAUGUAUGCCAGAACUUUGGUUGAGAAAAAUAUUCCCCAAAACACUUUUUGUUAGUACUGAUCUACCAGAAAAAAGAGUACGCGUUGCAAAAACCCAACAGGAACUUGAUGCAUUAGACAAUGACAGUACAGAUAUCUACAAGUCCAACAUAAUUGAGCGUUACAUGAUCAGACCAAACUGUAUUCCUACUGUUGAUAACCUAUGUUUAGCAGAAUUUGCUGCACACUAUUAUAAGGAUUACAAAAAUGAAUGUUUCGAGACAGCUGAUGCCCAGCCAGAUGUUCUCACAGACAAUAUAAUUGAAUCUCAAAGUGAAACUAUGAACACUAAUCCAAUGCUCCCAAAGCAAAUCAGGUUGAUGAAUACCAAUGAACUUAUGAAAUGUAGGAAAACUAGGGCAGUUGUAAGAUAUCAUGCACCAAGUAAAAUAAAAGAGCCUGAAAACUAUUUCCAUCACUUACUCAUGCUCUAUUUUCCAUGGAGAGAGGAGAAAAGUUUGCUUGGCAAAGAACAAACAUAUGCAUCAAAAUUCUAUGAACCUGCAGUACAAUCUGUAGUAGAAUCCAAUAGAGCAAUAUUUGAACCUAAUGCUGAUGCUGUUUCAGAAGCACUUGAAUCACUGAGGAACAAUCAGGGUAAUAUCAUACAAUCAUAUGAUUCUAUGAAUGAUCAAGAAAAUGCAGAUUUACAUGCAGACAUGCCAGAUGACUCCAUUCCAGAAGAAUCAUUCAAUGAACAACACCCUUCACAUCUUUCAUCAGGAACUGAAUCUCAUCACCAAAGUACACUUCCAACAAUAACAGUACAGAACCAACCAGCAGAUGUGUCUGAUGACUUUCUGCGUCAGUCUGUGAGAUCCUUAAACAAAACACAGUGUUAUGCAUAUGACACAGUUCUGUCUUGGUGCAGAAGUAAAAUAAAAAAUAUGAACAGUCUAAAGCCUGACAAAGUUAAACCAAUAUAUCUCUUUAUAACUGGUGGUGCAGGUGCUGGAAAAAGUCACUUGAUUAAAACAAUAUAUCACACUGCAGCUAAAACUUUUAGACAUGCUUGUAUGAACCCUGAACUACCAACAGUACUUUUAAUGGCUCCAACAGGAGUAUCUGCUAUUAAUAUCAAUGGUACAACAAUAAAUACAGGUUUGGCAAUUCCUAAGGAUACAAGCGACAAUCUACCUGCAAUGUCAGACCAAAAGAAGACUCAAAUGAGACUGACAUUUUCAGAACUAAAGCUUCUAAUAAUAGAUGAAAUUUCUAUGGUUGCAAACAUUACCUUGCUUCAUGUACAUCAAAGAUUAAAACAAGUUUUCGGUACGGCUAACUUGCAGUUGUUUGCUGGCAUAAGUAUCAUUGCUGUAGGUGAUCUGUAUCAACUGCCACCUAUACGUAGAAAACUGGUUUUUCAAAACUACAAAAAUGAUACUCACAAUCUGUAUCACCCAUGGCAAGUUUUCACAAUGAUAGAACUAACUGAAAUUAUGAGGCAAAAAGAUGAUCAGCCAUUCACUGAGCUAUUAAACAGAAUAAGGACUGGUUCUCACACUGAAGAAGAUAUCAAGUGCAUUAAUUCAAGAUCAGUUAGUCCAUCAGAUGAUAAUUACCCUUCAGACGCACUUCACAUUUGGGCUGAAAAUAACCCUGUUUCUGAACACAACAACAAACAACUAGACCAAAUUUCUGCACCUUUGUUUGUACUCACAGCUGUAGAUCAGUAUCCACCUAAUGUCACAAAACAAGAUAUUGACAGGGUGUUAUCUAGAGGGAGAUCUGAAACAGGUGGACUUGAUUUUGAAAUCCACAUUAAAGAAGGUGCAAGAGUAAUGCUUACAACUAACAUCGAUAUUACAGAUAGACUUAUAAAUGGUCAGAUAGGAACUGUUGUAAAAAUUAAUGUUAAUCAAAGGAAUCAAAAACCAACAGUUAUCUUUGUAAAAUUUGAUGACAAUAAAGCUGGAAACAUUUCAAUACAAAAAUGUGGAAACCUGUUUGCCAGAGAAAACAGAGCAGUACCUAUUGAACCAAUGCUGACUAGAAUCAAAGUCAGGCCGGGUAAACCAUCCUCUCCUGAAAUACAAAGAAUACAGUUUCCUAUCACACUAGCAUGGGCAUGCACUGUGCACAAAGUUCAAGGUUUGACACUUAAUAAAGUUGUUAUCAGUUUCAACUUGAAUAGACAAAGAAUUUUUAACUAUGGACAGGUGUAUGUUGCAUUAAGUCGUUCAACUUCCUUACAAGGACUUUACAUUCUGGGACAAAUAGAUAGUAAAAAUGUAAGAGCAGACUCUAGAGUCCAUGAUGAAUAUGAAAGAUUGCAAAAUAAUUCAUCAAUAAGUAUGCAGCAAACAAGUGAACCAAUCCAAAAUGUUCAGGAAAAUAACUCAAUUCUAACUUUAUCUCUUCUAAAUAUACGUUCUCUUAGAAAACACAGUAUUGACAUUAAGUUUGAUUCAAAUAUUUUCAGUAGUGAUAUUAUAGCUCUAACAGAAACACAACUUCUUCCUCAAGACACUGACCACAAUAUUAGAAAUGACUUAAAUCCCUUUACAAUGUAUAGACAAGAUCAUAUUUCUGACAAAUACUCAAGUUUAGCACUCUGUACCAAAACUAACAUUCAAAUUACACAACAAGAAUAUUUCCCUUCAGUAAAUGCAGUGAAAUUUGUUGCUACUAUUAAUACUUCUAUCCAGCGACAGCUGUCCUUUCUUCUGUUAUAUAGACAAAACAGCUCUAAUGUGUCACAAUUUAUAAACUCUAUUGAAUAUCUACUUAGCAGUGAUGCUAUUGACAUCAUACUUGGCGACUUCAACAUAAAUUACUUCAAUGAGAAAGACAUAAGGCCACUUGAAUGCUUAAUGCACUCUCUAAACUAUGUACAAAUUGUACAGACUCCUACAUUUAUUUCUGCAGGAACAUUGUUAGACCAUAUUUACAUGAAACCAACAGCAUUUGAUAUCAUCCACAAUGCUGUAAUUAGUGUUUACUAUUCAGAUCAUGAUGCAGUUAAAGUAUCAUUGCAUUUGUAACUUAUAAUAUUAUAAUUAAACAGCAACAUUGUUGUUUUAAUUUAAUUUUGAAUUUAAACUGAUUUUCCAAAUCACCAGAUUACAAUGAUACACAUCAACUGCAACACAUAGAUUGGCAAUUAUGGGGAAACUACUGAACUCAACUGAUAUUGAAAUAAAGGAAUUCAAAACAAAAAAACUACACCAGUUAAAA